CCACUGCAAACAAACUCUCGCCUUGACCCCUGCGCGCUCCCUCCCUCCGUCCCCAGCCAGGACCCCAGCUUUUCUCCUCCUCCCCGCCGCCGCCUCCGGCGCCAUGAAGCGCCUCUUCAGACGCCUCUCCCGCGUCGCCGCGGCCGACUCCUCCUCCGCGGCCGCCGCCACGGCGUACCGGCAGCUCCGCGCGCCGAAGCAGGCGUCCACGACCGGCGGCGCCAAGGUGCCGCAGGGGCACGUGCCGGUGUGCGUCGGCGAGGAGGGCGGGCCCGUGGAGCGGUUCGCCGUGCGCGCGGACCUGCUGGGCCGGCCGGCCUUCGCGGCGCUGCUCCUGCGCGCCGCCCAGGAGUACGGGUACGGCCACCCCGGCGCGCUCCGCAUCCCCUGCCCGGUCGCCGACUUCCGCCGCCUCCUCGUCCGCCUCUCCGACGACCCCUACGCCGACGAGUGCUAGGCGCCGGCGCACCUUCUCGGCCUGCCGCUGGAGAACUCUGCCCCCCAUUCGCCCCCCUUCUGACAGAUUUACCCCCGGGCACUGGGCAGACUUGCAAUGUACAUACAGUGGCAGGCCGAAGAAGAGUCGCCGGAGCGAGGGUUAGGAUAGGGAUUACCUAGCUUCGUAGUAACUUUUUUUUAUUACUGCUGAGCAUGAGCUGAAUGGGAAGAACUGUGGGUGUUCCUUUUUCACCCCCUCUAGUUCUAGGAAUUUCAGUGUGUGUGUGUGCGUGCGUGUGUGAGGGAGAGAGAGAGGGAGGUGGUAGUAUGCGUUUGUGCUAGGGAUUUUGAGGUUUCAGUGUUAACCAUAUGAAAUCCUGAGGCUAUCAUGCCAUAUUUUUACUGAGCUAGUAAUAUCUUUUAGCACUACA